AUGUGAGUAUGGUUAGAAUUGCUGUCAAAUCGGAUUCCCAACUUCUGUUCCACCUGGAAACCACUUUGGACCAAAAGGGAUCCACGCUCAAAGACCUCAUUGUGAAACUCCAGAAUGGGCGAUUGAAAGUCCUACGCAUUUGCAAUCAAGUCCAAUCAUUGGCUCAACACGGGGUCCAGGUUCAUCCGCAAAGACAAGGCUUGCUGGAAGAACAGAUCCAGGAACUCAAUUUGGGACGGGAUGCCAAUUUGGAUCGAUUCCCACCAGAAGGGGGCGGAUAUCAGGAUUGUCCGGAUCCACUCCAACAGCGAACAGGUCGGGCUCCCAAGCCGGAAAUGCAAAAGGUUUUAAAUGCCACGGUGGACAGGGUCAAGGCCAAUUUGAGGAAGGAUAAGCCCAUGAACUGGGACGUGGUGGAGGAGGCCUUGGCCAUGUUGUCGGGAGCGGUGAAAGUUGUUUAUACCCAAGGUUUACCGGACUACGAUCCUGUACAAAUGGAGUUGGAUAAUAAAGAGGAUUUGUGUGGAACUCAAGCCGCCAAGUCCGUGUUGGACCCGGAGGAGACCACUUUAUGGUUUGCAAGUAAGGAAUUGGUGCUGGAUGAUCCUCUGUCCCAGCGAUUGGGUCGGAACGAAAAGACCAAGGUGGUCUUCAAAGUCUCGACCCGAUCGCAAGGCCGCCCGCCCAAAGAGGGUUUUAGUCCUGAGACCCAGAAGAAGCUCCAAAUGGACGCAUUCAAACGUAUGGAAGAGGUGCGACGCUUGGAACGAGAUGCCGAUCAAAGCCACUUGAACUCCCCGUGGGCGGAUUCCGGUGGCCUCCAAAGGAAAUUCCAAGGGUUGAACAAUAUUUCGUGGAAGUAAAAUACAAACAACGCCUGCUCUUGCUUACAUUUGUUUCUUUGUAUUAUACCGCUAUACCGCUAUUGAGUCCGAUUUUGAUAGCUUUGAUCUCAUUUCUAG